AUGGCGACCAAGAGGUUCACCAGGCCGCCUCCGAAACUGCGGACCAAGACUGGUUGUAGCACGUGCAGAACGCGACGCAAGAAGUGUGAUGAGGUGAGACCGAUCUGUUCAGCGUGCCACCGGUUAAACAUCCAGUGCGUUUAUCGAGAGGCGUCGUCUUCUUCUGAAGAGUCCAGAGACUCAUCAGAGCCCACUACUACUGCUGUCGUUUCGCGGCGUGGCUCUGGGUCCGGGUCUGAUAGCGACUCGGUCAUCGAAGUCUUGAGACCUUCGCCGUUUACUUCGUCGGUGUGGUGUGGCCCCUACGGACUAAGGACGAAACGCGAUUUCGACAUCCUCCGGUACACGACCGAGACAUAUAUGAAUGUUCUGGUCUACCCAGAGGCGGACGUGGAAUUUCGGAAACCUUACUCCAUUUUCGCGGCUAGCAGUGAAAAUGCCUUCGUGAUGCAUGCCGCCCUUGCUCCAGCUGCUCUCCAUGCAUCAGCUGCUGGCUUGAUCCCGAGAGAAGAUGCCAUGAUUUAUACCCAAAGCGCGCUGCAAGGUCUCCGCAAAGUGACGCGUGAUUUGGCCGAUACACAACUCGAACGAAACUCUUUUCUUGCCGGCUCUCUUUUUAUGGGCAUCUUCGAGGACUUCUAUCCUUCGGAAACUAGUUCGAGUUUGACUUUUUAUCGCGCCAUAGGAAAAGUCCUCGAAGAGAGUAUGGCCGAUGUUCCGCGGUUUCAACUAUCGAAAAUGUCCAUUUUUGAGCGCACACUCUUGGAUAGUGUGCUUUACCACCUGGCAACUCGAUUGGUGAUGGCGGAAGACAUUGAGCCAACCGUUGCUGCAUUUCCUACUGGCGCAAUUGCGAAGUACAUUGAAGCCUGGGAUUCAGAAAGUGAGGUCGAUGCAGCACGUGCUCCCAUCCGUCCGGUCAUUGGAGAUAUCCCACCUGCUCUGUUCUUGAUCAUCUAUCAAAUCACCUGGCUUAGUAGACAGCUUCCAUUGGAGGAGUAUCAUCAAGAUCUUGCUCUACAAUGCCUUGCAGACUUGGAUCGCCUCCAAGCCGCCAAGCCCAAACUGUCACAUGAAGUUGUUCCACCAUUUAUCAAACUGUCAAACUGUCAAAUUGCCGCCAAGCUCUAUGCUCUGGCCUUGAGGAUUUUUAUCUGGAAAGUCAUCGAUCCAGAACACAUCUCCAACGCUUCCCCCCGAAUAGAAUCAUUGUUAGCAACAGGCCUUGAUCUGUUAAAGCGCUAUGACGGGGAGCUCCCGUUUGGGCAGUUCAUUUGUUGGCCGAUCCUCGUUCUCGGUUGUGCAGCCUGUCCUGUAACUUCGGCUGAGUUUGUUCAAGGUGGAAAUGCAGGCUCUGGGCAAGCAGUGCGAGCGCAUACGCGACAAUUGAUUAAAAAACUCCUGCAACAGAUUUGGAACGUGGCGUAUUCGGGCCACGUCACGCGCUGCGAACUUGCCCUUGUAAAGAUCUGGCAACUUCCAGGAGUACUAGUCCGCAGUGACAGCCGUUAUUACAACGCAAAUUCAGGCAAGGAGAUCUUGUAUGAUGGUCUUCUUGCAUUGAUAUCUAAAGGUGGCCCAGGGACUGGCCUUCAUCUUGUUUCUUGA